GGUUCAAAUACGUUCACACUGCCAUUGCUACAUACCGUAAACAUUCGCUAUUUUUUGUUUACAAUUGAAACCCUUCAAAAGAAUGAAAAGUCCCACAAAUUCCAGCAUUUCGCAACAAUGUCGCUUCUGUAUGAAUACCACGGUAACAUCGGUGGACAUCUUCGGCAAGGAGACUACGGAGUCCAGCAUUUCGGAAAUGUUGAAUGGUCUCUUAAGCGAGGACUGUCAGGUCAAACGGGAUGAACUGCCGCAGUGUGCCUGCCUGGCCUGUAUACUGGCCACUAAAAGUGCCUUUAGCUUCAAGAUGAAGUGUGAGGAGAGCUAUCGAUUCUUGUCUGAGCUCCUGUUGAUAAACAGCUCCACGCACGUUGCAGAAAAGUUUGACGACGGAGAUGAAAGGCCACCCAGUGAGAUAUCCUUUGAAGAGGCUGGUGUUGAAGGACAGCUAGAUACAAAGAAUGUAUGGUCAGAGUCGCACGAGGUGGAGGAUCGACUUGAGUUGACAAAGGAUACCGGUGCCCAGGCUGAGGGAAAUCAGGAAAUACAGAGGGAUAUCGAGGAGCUAUCUGAAAUGAAGGAGGAGCCAGACGGAUUGCGAGAUGCGAUCGUUUCUCUUCAGACGCAUUCGAGGACAAAUCAAUCAACAUAUUUUCUGUGUUCCGAGUGUGGUUUGACUCUGAAGUCGAAAUACUCGCUGGCCCAGCACAUGGCCGGUCACAAGAAACAGUUGGAGCGAUCACAUCUUUGCGAGACCUGCGGCAAGGGCUACAGAAGCAGUGCUCAAUUAAUAAUUCAUAAGCGAACGCACACCGGCGAGCGACCCUACCAAUGCAGCCGCUGCCCCAAGACAUAUUUCCAGAGCACGGCUCUCAAGGCUCAUUUUAUUACCCAUGGCAAGGAGCGUCCAUAUAAGUGCUCACAGUGCCAGAAAGCAUUUUAUCUGCCGAGGAAUUUGAAAGACCACCAAAAGCAACACAAGGGAGAGCGACCCUUUCAAUGUGCCAAUUGCCCUUUGGCUUUCACCAAGAAAGCCAACCUAAGGACACAUAUGCGACAGCACACAGGAGAGCGACCGUUCAAUUGCGACAUAUGUGGCUUGACCUUUGUACAGAACCAGCAUCUAAGAACCCAUCUUCGUGUCCACAAUGAGGAUCGUCCCUUCAAGUGCACUGACUGCGAUAAAUCAUUUUUCGUUAGCGCCAAUCUAAAGAAACAUCUCCGCGUCCACACCGGCGAGAAGCCCUUCAAGUGCGCUGUUUGUGGACAGGACUUCAAGCACAGUCAUCAUCUCAAAUCCCAUGUUCGCAGUCAUACGGGCGAGCGGCCCUACAGGUGUAACGAGUGCGAAAAGGCCUUCGCCUCCAACCAAUCGCUGCAGAAACAUAUUGUGUGGCAUGCGAGCAAUCGAGAUCGGGCCCACAAGUGUUCCGACUGCCCCAAGGGCUUCGACAGCUUACGCGGCCUGAAAUAUCAUAUGCGUUUGCACAGGUCCUCGUCCCCGUCAAAGGUGGAAGUACUGCACACGUGCACGAUCUGCAACCUGAGCUUUAGCCUGCAGAAAGCCAUGGAAAGACACAUUGCCAUCCACAAUAAGGACCUACAAAGUAUUGACAAUAGUCGCAGCUUCAGAAGCACAAGCAUUCACAAGGAUCUUGAUGGAUAGUUUUAUACUAUAGGUUUGGAUUUUGAAUCGCUACAUUUUUGAUUUUGACCAGAUUUUUUAGAUACUACUUUUCACGGACUAUUAUUUUAGCUCCGGGACGAGACCCGAGGAAAUCUUCAGCCAUUACAGGCAUUCUGUAUAAACUAAAAAGGGAAAGAACAAAGCGCUAACACGAAUUGCUUAUAAACAGAUCUACAAGAACAAAAAAAAAAAAUUGAAUUAAAUAAUUGUAUAAUAAAAGUGUAUAAAAUUAA